CUUCUUCUUCUUCUUCCUCCUUCUUCUCUCUUCUCCUUGCUUGCGUUCUCUGAUCUGACAUUCCUUGAUCUCUCGUUGAGAUCUUAGUGUUCUCCAUUGCUUUCUCCGGUCUGGUUUGCCCACUUCGAGAUCUCGCAUUUCUUGCUCCCUGAGAGGUUCUUGUACUGUUUGGUGGCGGUUUCUCCUCCCCUGUAGGCAUUGCUACUGUGAGAGUUUACGGGUAAGCGGGGAAGCAGGAGGCGGACGGGAUAUCCGAAGCGGAGACAACGAGGCGGCCGAGAUGUCGCGCGCCGGCGAGACAGGCCGGCCGGAGCAGGGAAGCGGUUCGGUUUCGGCGUCACCCGACCGGAUCCAGCCCGUGGUUGAGAGGUUCAAGGCGGCGCUCGACGUGGAGGAGAACAAGCCCGACUACCCUGACCUCGGGUCCCCCGUCUCCCCUCUACGGCCCCGCAACCCAUCCCAGAGCAGCAGUUGCUCCAGUUCCUCCGGAUCCGCUUCAGCGAAGACCGUCGCGAAUGCCUCCGCUGUCGCUCGGGCUGGGAUUCCUGGCGCGGGCGUGGCCGACGCUGCGCGGCGGAGCCAUUCCGGCGAGCUGUCCGGUGAGAACAGCCCGGUAUCCGUGGAAAUAAAGAAUGUGAGGAGCCCCUUCCACCGUCGAUCGGGUUCUGGGCCGCAGAUCUACUCCGGUGGCAGUGGCAGUAGCAGUAGCGCUGGCGUCGCUGGUAACAGUACGGCCAGCUCUCCUGUAGCCAAUGUGCUUCCUGCGGGGAACAUAUUCCCCUCGGGGAAGAUCGGGAAGACCGGAUUGAUGCAGAGGACGGCGCCGAGGUCCGAUGUGCUUGGUUCUGGUACCGGGAACUAUGGUCAUGGUAGCGUAAUCCGGGGUGGGGUUGCUGGCAGAGGGAAAAUGGAGGAUUCGAGCGCAAGGAGAGACUUCAGCAGAAUCGAUCCCGAGGAAAUAACAAGGGCCGGGAACGAGCUCUACAUGAAAGGGCAGUAUGCAGAUGCUUUGGCCCUCUAUGAUAAAGCGAUUGCCAUGUUCCCCCAAAAUAGUACAUGCCGUAGCAAUCGUGCGGCAGCUCUUGUGGGUCUCGGCAGGGUAGGAGAAGCAGCAAGAGAAUGCGAGGAGGCAAUCCGAUUGGAUCCGACCAACGGGCGGGCGCAGCAUCGCCUAGCAUGUAUAUACAUACGGUUGGGGCUUGUUGAAGAUGGAAGGAAACACCUUUUCUUGACUGGACAACCACCCGACCCUGUUGAGUUGCAGAAGCUGCAAGAAGUAGAGAGGCAUUUGGGGAACUGUGAAGUUUCAAGAAGGAUAGGAGAUUGGAAGGGCGCAUUAAGGGAAGCUGACGCUGCAAUUGCUGCAGGAGCGGAUACUUCUAUGCUGUUUGUUGCAAUGAGAGCAGAAUCUCUCCUCAACCUCCUAAAGUUUGAUGAGGCUGACUCAACUUUUACCAGAUCUCAAGUUGAAGAUUCAAUCCAUGUACUCCCCGCUACCAAAAUCUUUGGUAUGCUCUCCUAUUCCUAUUUCUACAUUGUUAAAGCGCAAGUUGAUAUGGCAUUGGGAAGGUUUGAGAAUGCAGUAACAGCUGCUGAGAAGGCCAGGCAGAUAGAUGCUAGGAGCGUGGAAGUGACAUCAGUAUUGAACAGCAUAAGAUCAGCAGCAAGAGCUCGGGCUCAAGGAAAUGAGCUCUUUAAGUCUGGAAAUUUUGCUGAGGCCUGUACAGCUUAUGGGGAAGGACUAAGGUCCAGUUCUUCAAACCCAGUACUGCUAUGCAAUAGAGCAGCAUGCCGUUCUAAGCUUGGGCAGUGGGGUAAAUCUGUUGAGGAUUGCAAUGAAGCUCUGAGACUCCAACCUAACUACACUAAGGCUCUCCUCAGACGAGCUGAUUCUUAUGCCAAGCUUGAGCGCUGGGCUGAAGCUGUACGAGAUUAUGAAGUGUUGAGGAAAGAGCUUCCUGGGGACAAUGAUGUCGCUGAAGCCUUAUUCCGUGCCCAGGUUGCACUAAAGACUUCUCGUGGUGAGGAUGUCUCUAACUUGAAGUUCGGUGGAGAUGUUGAGGAAGUCACUAGCGUGGAACAAUUCCAUGCAGCAGUAUCUUUACCUGGAGCUUCAGUUGUCUACUUCAUGGCAGCUUUGAACACACAAUGCACUGAAUUAUCCUCUUUUGUUGAUGCACUGUGCAACCGACAUCCAUCUACAAACUUUCUCAAGGUUGAUAUCAGUCGUAGUCCUGCUAUUGCAAAGGCUGAGAAUGUUAGGAUAGUCCCUACAUUUAAGAUCUACAAAAAUGGAAGAAGAGUCAAGGAGAUGAUCUGCCCCAGCCAUCGAGUGUUGGAGUCAUCAGUGAGCCACUACAGUCUUUAAGGUGACAGAAGCAAUUGAGCAAUUUUGAUAGAUCCUGGAAAAUUCACAGCUUCCUCAUUUAGUCUAGAAACUGAGCUACAAGAUACUCAAUUUGUGUCCAAGAGUGAACCUGAAUCCAAAAAAGAGCUCAUAUUCAUCCACGGUUACUUUACUUUGCUUCAACAUUGCCCAUUUUGCUCAUUCUUUCCUACCAUUUUCUGCUCCAUUAUUGCUAUAUCCAAUCUCAUCCCUUUUCCCUGUCAGUCCACCGUUUAUCUUCCAUAUAUGCCUGUACCUGCUCUUCGAGCAGUUUGAUCGAGUGAAGUUGUUGGCUGUUCGCUGCAUGUAUAUACGGCACACAAACAGAUUAUUGGAAGCUGAAGAUGUUAGUCGAUAGAUAGGAGCGACCGGGAGAGGGAAAAAGAGAUGUUCAUUGAUUUUUUUUUUAAUCCUUGUGGAAUUGAUAUGCUACCACUUCUACCAAAUAAAAUAACUUUAUGAA